UACGCCAACGACGCACCCAAGCUGUGCGACCACGUCUCGCUGGAUCGUAACAACCACCGGAUGCGGCCGUGCACACCGCUGGAGAGCUACGUCAGCACUGGGAGUGAUUUGGUAUGUUCUUACAAAGUUGGGAUUUUAAUCCGGACUUAAUUGGGGAUUCUUCGCAGAAAAUCAAGUUCCACACGAUGACGGGACCUUCGCUGUUUCCGUCCAGCUUCGGCAUCAAGUACGAGUUUGCCGAUACGGAGCUCGGAGGUGAGCCGUACCUUGGGCAGAAGGGAGAGGAUGUUCCGCUGCUCUGUUCAAGGGUGUUCCGGAAGCGUAAGGGAGAGUUUCAAUCGCCAUGGAAUGUGUUCCUGCAUGGGCGGGGUGGAGCGAGUAACAUAACCUGUUUGUACCGGUUUGAGGCAUCCGUUGGGGAGAGGGUACGCAUCGAUCUGUUCAACGUUUCUUUCGGAGAUUCUGCAACGUGUACGACUGAGUCUGAUGGUCAUACGGGACGGGCAAAGUGUACACCGUCGGAAGCGGUUCCGGAUAGUCGAGUUGGAGAGCUUCGACUGUAUGACGUGCCGUACAAGGACGUUAAGAUUCCGUUGGGUUGUUUCUGUGACAACACGACCAGCUCGUACAACUUCCCUCUAACGUUCGCCUUGAACUCACGCACGAUGGAACUGACACGGUUGAACGUUUCGGAUGUUCACAAUGAUGUCCGCGCUGACCCGGUUGUUGGGAGAUCCACUGCUGGAUGGAAGCAUAAGGUCAGCCAGGAGGAAGAUGAGGAGGCCGGAGAGCCGGAAGAAGAAGGCUCUGACGAGAAGGACACCGAGUCGGGCAAAUCGGCGGCCAAGAAGCAGCACGAGAGAAGGUUUUCCAAUGUACUGUGGAUACUGACGGACGAGCGCAAGAACGAGCUGCUGAAGCAAAAAGUUGGAAGUGCCGUGGACAGACGAUCUGGAUGCGAUGCGGUUCUUGACAACACAGACUUCUCUGGCGGACAAGCAGAUUAA